UCCCUGCGUGGACGCCCACGUUUUCUCUCAUUUCUUUCCCUGUUUCAACUACUGAUCUACCCUUCUCCGUUUAUACUCCCUACCCUGUGAUCCCUGUGACCUUCCCUGGUCCUAUGCUCUCGUGUAAAGCCCCUUAUAUCUCUUGUGUCAGUGUCGAUUUUCGUAAGUUUGACUUCUUUCUCUCAGAGUCUCUGCCUGUUGAUCCUGCUGAUUUUGGGGACCUCUUUCUUCACCUGCCUCCUUCCGUCAUAGUCUGUCCCCCUACCCCUUGGAUUCCUAAGACAAUUCUGUGGUUUUUCUGUCCUUUUAGUUUCGCUCCCUCUCCUAUUUGUCCCCUUUUCUCUGUGCGCCCCACCCUGUCUCCUUUUGUCCCUUUCAGCCUCUGAGAUUAUCUCCCCUCUCCCCUGAGAACCUGGUCUUUGUGCUCUACCCACUCCUCAUUUUUUUGCCACUCUCGUUUGUGAUUGUGUGCUUCCCUGCCAGGUUCCAUUCCAAUAGUUUGCUCCUCCUUCUCUCUGUGGUUUCUCUUUUGUAGGGGUAGCAUCUUCUCUAACCACUCACUCCAUCCCUCUUUUCUUGAGGAUUUCUUUUCACUCCCUUCUGAUUGUGUCUCUGCUUGUGCUCAGAUUGCUGGGUCCUGUAGUUUUGUGUUACGAGUUGGUGUGUGCAAUCUUUUCUGCUUGAUCCAACUCCUUUGUUUGAUCCUUUGCCAGCCUUCUUUUCUCCUUCCUGUGUCCGGUCUUUUCUGCUGGUCUCUGUCUCCUACAGGAUCUGGGUUACAGAUCCUGUGUGUCAGGUAGUCUGGACACAAAAGGGUGGCAGAAGUGACUUCUUGCUGGACUGCUGUGCAAGGGAGAGAGAAACAGUGACCCAGAGGCGGGGACUGACAAGAACCAAGCUUAAGACCUAGAACGAAAUUGGUUCCAGCAUCUAGGACCCAGACACAGGACCAUGGGACCCCGGCAUUUGUGCCCUGUGCAGCUGCUCUGUCUCCUGGGGGCCAUCUCCACUCUGCCUCGGGCUGGAGCUCUCUUGUGCUAUGAAGCAUCAGCUUCACUCUUUAGAGCUGUUAGCCUCCAUAACUGGCAGUGGGUUCUGCUGAGGAGCAUGGUGUGCAAGCUGAAUGAGGGCUGUGAGGAGACCCUGGUGCUCUUCGAGACAGGGACCAGAAGGGGAGUGGUGGGUUUUAAAGGCUGCAGCCCAGCUGCAUCUUACCCUCCGCAAGUUUCCUACCUCAUUUCACCACCAGGAUUGUCCAUUGCCUCCUAUAGCCGUAUCUGCCGGACGUAUCUCUGCAAUAACCUCACUGACAUGGAUCAUUUCGUGAAACUCAAAGCCAACACUUCUAAGACUUUAGCAUUUUCAUCCCAUAGUUGCCCAACUUGUGUUGGUGAGCACUCUAAGAGUUGCCUCCCCAAUUUUGUCACCACUGAGUCUUGCCCCACCAGUGCCACUAAGUGUUACAGUUCCACCUUGAAAUUUCAGGCAGGAUCUCUCAAUACCACUUUCCUCUUCAUGGGCUGUGCUCGUGAACAGGCCAAAAUUUUAGCCCAUUUUCACCAUAUCGGUAGCAUCAGAGUCACUGAGGUCAUUAACAUCUUAGAGAAGGCCCAGCUGGCUGGUGCAGAGCCCUCUAGUCGGAGUUCUGCUGGGGGCAUCCUCUUAGGCUUCCUGCUUGCCUUCAGGGACUGAUGAUUUAGCUGGACCAGACAAACUUACCCCUUCACAUAGCCAAAUAAAGUUAUAGAGUUGCCUU